AUGGGACUAAUUUUAUUUACGAUACUCGGCAUCGACUGUACCACUAAUGAGUGGCAAUUGGUAUGGAGUGACAAGUUUGACGGCCAGUAUCUCAACAGAACCCUAUGGGAAGUGGAGGACGAGUGGAAUCGGCGACAGUGCACACGUGCAAAAGAACUAAACCUACUGAACUGUUACGCCGAUCAGCGCCGGAAUAUACACCUAAUCAACGGCACACUCGCUAUAACGCCGGCCCGCGAGUGGUCAACGUAUAGCCAAAAGGAACUCAAAGCGUACACAUCGGCGGUCAUAACAAGUCGCGCGAACUGGACGUACGGGCGUUUUGAAAUCAGGGCGUCGUUGCCCCAGGGCAAAAUGCUCACACCUGCCAUAUACAUGGAGUCAGUGAACGGAAGUUUGCACUUGGCCACAAACGGGUUCAUCGAGCUGGUAACCAAUCGCCAGGAGCAGUCAAUAGUGGGCGGAGGUUAUUAUGGCCAAUCAAACACGAACGACCCGGAGUACCCGAUCGGCGGGAACAGCACCCGUUUAGGCGACUUUCACACCUAUACGCUGGAGUGGACACCGGGUUGGAUGCGCUGGAGUCGGGGCAUUGACUUUAAUAUCAGUAGGCGUUUGAGUGACGACUACGACCGGCCCUUUAGGCUAGUGAUCAAUCUGUUUGUUGGCGGUAAUACACAGUACUUGUUUCCGGGGCAAACACUAACCGAUGAUGACUACCGGGGCUGGAAGUGUUCGGCCAUUAUUGUAGACUACGUACGGGUCUACCAGUGGUCACACGUAGACAACGUUACGGAGAGUACACCACAGUUUGUAGAGUCGCACGUUAACAACGUUACGGUAAUAAAGACACUGCCGGCCGAUCGGCUAUACAGUGGCCACAUAUGCGAGGCUGCGAUGGCGUACGUAAAUAAAAACGACCCCGAUCAUGGUGCCAUAACUCUCGUCUACCUUAUUGCCGGACUCGUAUUGGGGCUAAUUUUUAUAGCAUUACUAGUGUUUAAUGUAUACACAUAUGUGACGCAAAAGCGCUUGAAAGCCAAGAAUAGUGCCGAGCUUAAUGGUGAUGGUGAUAAAUUGACCGAGAUUACUUUGAAUGAUUCCACUGUCAAUUAUUGCGUUUAG